CCAAUAUUAAACGGCCAAGAUGUAAUCUUAAACCUACGUGUCAAUCUCAGCGUACAUUUUGAGUGUUUCAACUUCAAACUUGCUCUUCCGUCUUUUUCAGAGACAAAUUAUAGACAAAAGCCUCUUACUCUUUUAAGCUUAUCUGACUUUGCUUCAGUUUUGGUGGGCAAAAAAAAAAAAGCUUAACUUCAGUUCGUCCAAAAAAAUGUCGAAUCCCGGAGAACCUUUUCGUGUAUCACCGGAAUAUCCCAACAGCGGAGGAGCCUCUCUCUGGCGACAAGAUCCGAUCGCUUAUGCGGAUCCACUUGUCCCACUCCUAAACCUAUCAACUGUCAAAACGAGAAUGGAUUCCUUACAACUCUUCCUAUCUCACUCAGUCAACACCAACACUUUGAUCUCCAAAGAUCAGAUGGACCUCGUCUCCUCCGAAAUCGCCUCCGCCGUCCAACAAAUUAUCGUCAACGGCGCCGCCCUCCUCUCUUGCGCCCAAAUAGGCCAUUAUCCGAAUCCGAUCCCGAAUUCGACUUCGAUCCCGAACCCGACUACAGAGCCGAAACCCGAGUUCGACGAUUACGAUGAAGGAGAGUCCGAGAUAAUUGAGUUAGACGCGGUCGAGUUGCUGUCUGAACAUUUACAUUUCUGCGAAAUUUGCGGGAAAGGGUUCAAAAGGGACGCGAAUUUACGGAUGCAUAUGAGGGCUCACGGGAAUCAGUAUAAAACUCCCGAGGCUUUAGCGAAAAAACCAGAGAAUAAAUGGGAAGUGAAGAAUUCGGGUCGGAAAACCAGGUUUUCGUGCCCUUAUGAUGGAUGUAAUAGGAACAAGAAACAUGAAAAGUUUAGGCCUUUGAAAUCGGUGAUUUGUGUCAGAAAUCAUUUUAGGAGAAGUCAUUGUCCGAAAAUGUAUGGUUGUAAUAGGUGUCACAAGAAGAGUUUUUCGGUUUUGGCUGAUUUGAAGAGCCAUUUGAAGCAUUGUGGCGGUGGGGAAGAGGGUAAGAAGUGGAAGUGUAGUUGUGGGAAUACUUUUUCUAGGAAAGAUAAGCUUUUCAGACACGUGUCGUUGUUCGAAGGACAUAUGCCAGCAGUGGUGGAAGAAGAGGAGGAGGAUCGGAAGUUGAAAGGAGUGGUAGCAAUGGAGGAAGAUGAGGAAAAGCAAGAGGAGCUGAUGGAGAAGGAAGGGUGUUUGGAAGAUGGGUUCUUUGAUGGGUUGCUUGAUGGGUUUGGGUCUUUCGAGAAUUACUGUUUGCAAGAUGUGUUGGGACCGUCUCAUGGUGGCUUGUAUCAUUUCGAGAAGGGUAUGAUUUAGGUAAUACUAUUUCUUUUUUCUUUUAGCUUCAUGUACUUGUUUGUUGGAAUUCUUUGUAAUAAGAGUGUAGGUAUUAAUUUUUCAAUAAUCUCUGUUGUAAAUCAUAAUAACUUCUUGUGACAAUAGCAUGUUCUUCCUAGUGUUCUUUUACUUGCAGAAAUAAAGGUUGGGUUAUGCUUUGAUUAAUGUGAGUAUUGUGGAUAAAUAUAGUUUCAUUCAUGUUACCAUGUGCA